AUGUUUCAUCGGAUUUACAUCCAUGCUCUCCUUUGCUUCAGUUUCAUGAUUUUCAACGCGUAUGCCAAAUGUUUUACUACUUUUAAAAGAGAUGGCAAACAUUUCUGCGCGUGUGGUUCAUCUUUUGAAAGUUCGAGCUUUCCCAUGUUCUCAUCUGUGGAGGCCUUCAUGUUUUGUUCUAUGAAAUGUUCACAAUCAACCAGCUGUGCGGCUUACAACUUCUUCAUUGCAUCCAAUAACUGUCAACUAUUCAACCGGACAGUGGAGACGUUUGCUGCCAUACCGAAUUGUCAAUAUUAUUCUGAAAUAGAAGCACCUGUAAUGAAACUAACGUUAUUGAUAACAGUGGACGAUGAACUGACUGAGUUUUACAUUAAUGGAAACUCUGUACCUGUAGCUCUAAACUUUCCAAACGCAAAGGACUGGAGGCUGCUAGAUAUGUACGAACUGACCGGCGCCAUUUAUGUUCUUGCCAUCAAGUCAUUUAAUGCGCUAGGAGGACCAGGUGGCUUGAUAGCCAAAUCUUCAGAUAAUUACAUCCUGACCAACUCUUCCUGGAAAUGUACCAACAACUCAUACGAUGGCUGGUACGAAGUGGAUUACGAUGAUUCAUUCUGGUCUGAUGCUGUCGUAGGGAGGAGAGAACGCGAUAACAUUCACGUCAUGCCCGGGUUCAAACCUGCUUUCUGGAUUAUCGAUUAUACCGACAAUAAUUACUCUGGAUAUUUUUACUGCAGAAAAAGUUUCACAAGUGAAUAA